GAAGAAAGAGAAAUGGCAGGGAGCGGAGACAAUUUGCAGAGCGGUGAAGGCAACAACAGCAACCCCGAUGUUCCACUGUUCGGAGUGGUGGUGGGUGGAGUAGGGGGCGUGGUCUUAUUGUCAGUUACGGUCACAGUACUCAGUGUUGCAUGUAUCUACUGCUGCAAAAGGAGACACAGGCAGAGUGGGCCACUGAGUGUGGCAACAUCUGCUGCAGGCUCUGGUGUUAACAAUGAAGAUGAUGUGAGAUUGCUGACUAUGAGACAGAGGGAACUAACAUCUCCUCUGCCUGGUUCUGCUCCACCACCGUCAAGUGGUUUUCUCCACACCUCACCUCUCCAGACUUCUAACUCGGCUUUCAUCACACUCGACGGGUCACAUUACCCCAGGAGAGCUGGCAGAGCUCUAUGAGAGGGAAGAGACAGGGUGUGUGGUCGAUCGAAGUCUGUCGUGUACUCCUGACUUACCUCCAAGGACAGACGAGAUGUUGCAUAUUGUUACCAGCGACAGUUGUUCCACUGAUCCGCAAUGGACACUUUCUGCAGAGAGCACUGUUCCACUAUCACAGCUACCUCUUUCUCCUUCUCAACUGAACACUCCACCAUUUGAACACAGCUCUUCUCCUCCUUCCACCAGUCCUUGGUUCCUCUCGUCAUCGCAACCGACUACUUCUCUGGCUGGACUGCACCCUUCUAGCCCUCCCCAUUAUCCUCACUCCUCCUCCACCCCACACCUUCACUCGGUCUCCCACCCUCUCUCCUCCCCACAAUCACACCUUUCUCCUUCCCACUCUCAACCCUCCACCUCUCCCCGUCUUCAGAAAACCCAGGUUUCCCAAACCUCCCUACCUCACCACACAAGCCACACCUCUCCCCUGCAUUCACAACUCUCCCCUCCUUCUCAUCAACAAUUGUCCACUUCUCCCAAAUUUAUUUCCCGAUCUACGAGCCCACUCCCUCCUCCUAUACCUCCAAAACCCGAGACCAGUGACUCUGACCACGACACUGCGACUGGUUCCAGCUACUGCAUCCUCAUGAAAGGCCCACCACAACUGCCUUUAGUCACACCGCCGGAAAACACCAGCUCCAACAAACAGGAGAUUAUUCUACAGUCGCUCUUGGGGCAGCCCCUCAACCAAGAAGCAACUCAGUCACCAGGAGAAACAGCGGUAACUCAAACUGGGGACUCCCCCUCAUUCCUGGAAGACUCACUGAGCCAGAACACCAGAGCCAAUGGAGAGGAACUGAGUCCACCUCCCAGGCCACCCAAACCCACUCCCUCCUCCCCCAAAACUGGAAAACCGGCUCCGCCCACCCCACCUUUAGCUGAAGGCAGCACUAGUUCCAGUGGACGUAAGACCAGGGCACCUCCCAUUCCCUGGGACCCCGCCCCCUCCCCUCCCUCCCUCCUCCCACCCAGACCUGGGCAGAGAGAAGGAGGGAGGAGGAGUGAGGGGAGCGUCUCUCUGCCUCCACGACACAUCAGGAGGUACCCGCUCUCCUCCUCCAGUGGCUCCACUCCUGGACCAGGGAGUGGGCCACUCGACCAAGGAGACGGAGAAGAAGAGGUGUUUCUCAAGUACAACCAGUCAUACCACACUAUCACCAAAUUCUUUCACACUGACCGAUUACAUACACAAUAGGAACUUCUUAUUUUA